AUGGACCAGGACGAGUCCACAAAGUGUCCAAGGCAUGGUCCUCAUCAUCAUCUUCCUGCUUGUGGAUUUCUGGGCCAAUAAAUACCAAGAAGUUUGUGCAGUGGUUUGCCAUGCAGGCAGGCAGCUUCGUCAUCAGUGCAAAGCGGCAGAGCUAAUUAUUCGGAGAAGAAUGCAUCACAACUCUGCUGUAUUGAUUUUAUCAAUAGUGGUUGGCCAUGGGGAUUUUGCUGCUGCCAUCGAAACUGCAUCAGAGCCACCCAGCUCUGGAACUCUCGCAUCGGCACAUCCCUCAUAGGUAGUAGGUUAAGGGAAAGACAGCUCCUACCUAGCCAGCUUCUCUUCUCCUCUCCAUCAUUAUCAUCAGAGCUCUGAACUAGUUGACACUAGCUAGAGAAGCUAGUUUCCAUCAUCGUCCAUCCUACCGGUAUCUCAUCUACUUAACCAGUUUUCCCGGGACACCCGACCGACCCUCGAAGUAUGUUUGACCGGAAGAAAAAGAAGAGCAAGUCGCCUCCACCAUUGCAACAGCCCAGGCAAGACGACAACAAUAAGUAUGUGUACCAAUACACAGUAAGAGAUCCUUGGCAAUGGGUCAUUUCCGCUAUUGCUACCGAGUCCAUGACAUCCGUCGAAAAAUUCAGUGAUCUACCUUCCGCAAAACUGGCUACCAAUGGUUCCCCUGCAGCUGUACAACAACAUCAGCCUCAGGAAGCCCCACAACAAAUGAUGUCGGGUAAUCCUCUUCGGGCGUCGUCAGCUCGUCGUCGUCAGAAAAUGGCCAAAGAACGAAGAGCUGCAUUGCCGGCUACCCUAAGAUGGGAAAAAAUAAAUGCCAAGACGGGGGACAUUGCCACGGCCGUGCAUGGAACCUCAUCGGCGUUGGACAGUCUGGAAGAUAAAGACGAAUUGGUCAGGACCAUUCAAAGGUGUCGAUGUGAACACUUGAACCUCUCCCCUCCUUCGGUACUCAUCAAUUGGGAUGUCUCCGAAGAGGAAUGCAAACGAGUUCUGGGAGAUGCUCUGCCCGUCUUGCCUGGCAAUCCCGCUACCUAUGCCGUCCUCAAGGAACCCAUGGGAAGCAGAGGAGAAGGAGUCUUUUUUGUUAAGGAUGCCGAAGAAAUUCAUAAAAUCAUAUCGGAACAUCGUCAGAGAGCUCAAAAGGAACCGGGAUUCCUAGACAAAUUGAUUGCUGCCAAAGGGAGAAUUCCGAGUUGGGUUCUUCAAGCAGAAGUGGCACCCUGUCUCUUAGUCAAAGGGAAGCACAAGUUCCAUUUACGAAGUUUCCUGGUCGUCGUGGAAAAUUUAUCACACCCAGAUAUACUGGAAGUAUUCGUCUACAAAAGGCAUGAAGUUCGCAUGGCAGCCACUCCUGUGGCAACGGACGACCCGUCCAAUCGCGACCGGGAGGCACACAUAACCAACGGGUCCAGUUCCGAAACGGAAAAACGAGAGUUGCUCGACAAUAUCAAAGAACUCACCGACCGAAACAUGCAAGAUAAGGUGGAAACGUUCGUAGCAUCUGUCUUUGGCUUACACUUGCUUCCUGACAUGUUGGGAAGGGUCAAGUAUGCGGCAAGCCAAGAAGGACCCAGUCAAACAGCACAUCAAGUUCGUAGGUUUGCUGUUGCCGCAAUCGACAUGAUGGUUUGCAGUGAUGAUCGUAUCUACUUGCUCGAAGUCAAUGUCAACCCGUCGGCUCCACCAGAAAACCUCGUCAACAAAGACUUUCGAAAUCAUUUGACCGGCUUCAUGCAGGACUUGAUUGAUUUGAUCAUGGAAAAACCAUACCAAAACUUCACCCUCGCGCGUGAUUUGCUUCAGCGAAAGGGAUUGUUGGAUUGAUUUUCUAAAAAGACAUGCAACACGCACACACAACAACAAAAUCACAUCACAUAAACAAGUCAGGUGUAACUGAAGUCAUAAUGGGUGUUCUAGCUAAUGGUUACCGGUGGUACUUGGGUGGUCAGGUCAGAAGGAGGGAUGUGAUACGUCAGUACAAUAACGUAACGUACAACUUGACCCCUUGGUAC